AGCAGCGCGGAGGCAGAAACGUGAUGACAUCAUCAGCAGGCGCCGGACAAAACAACAACGGCGGUUAUUGUGCACGUUGAUGUUUGUUUCUUCUGCUUAUGAAUUAGCUUCCUCCUCCUCUUCAUCUCCUUUAUCCUCCUCUUCCUCUCCCGGACCGGUGCACCGAGGGCCGAGAUGUCGGUGACCGAGAUGUUCAGCUCCAUUCAGGGCUUCCUGAGCGCCGACCAGGACGUCAGAGAGGAUAUCCGUAAAGUGGUCCAGACGUUGGAGCAGACGGGCAGAGAGAUACUGACGGUCCUCCAAAGUGUCCACCAGCCGUCAGGAUUCAAAGAAAUUCCCAGCAAGUGUGCAAGAGCACGGGAGUUGUUCUGCACGGUCAGGACUCAACUCGGGGAGCUGAAAACAAAGUUUCCUGUGGAGCAGUAUUACAGGUUCCAUGAACAUUGGCGGUUCGUCCUGCAGCGCUUGGCGUUCCUCGCCGCCUUCGUGGUUUACCUGGAGACCGAGACCCUCGUGGUCCGGGUGGAAGUGGCCCAGAUACUCGGCAUCGAGGUGGUGAGGGAGAAAGGCUUCCACCUGGACGUGGAGGACUACCUGGCCGGUGUGCUCAUCAUGGCCAGUGAACUGUCGCGGCUGGCGGUGAACAGCGUGACGGCGGGCGACUACACGCGGCCGCUCCGCAUCUCCAACUUCAUCAACGAGCUGGACUCGGGCUUCCGGCUCCUGAACCUGAAGAACGACCCGCUGAGGAAGCGCUACGACGGCCUGAAGUACGACGUGAAGAAGAUCGAGGAGGUGGUGUACGACCUGUCCAUCCGCGGGCUCGCCAAGGACCAGUGAGAGCCGGUCCUGGACCGGUGAGAGCCGGUCCUGGACCAGUGAGAGCCGGUCCUGGACCAGUGAGAGCCGGUCCUGGACCAGUGAGAGCCGGUCCUGGACCAGUGAGAGCCGGUCCUGGACCUGUGAGAGCCGGUCCUGGACCGGUGAGAGCCGGUCCUGGACCGGUGAGAGCCGGUCCUGGACCGGUGAGAGCCGGUCCUGGACCGGUCGCUUUACUUCACUUUGGGUUGAUGUUUAGAUCUGAGAUCUGUGUUUUCUGUCUUUGUUUAUUUGCCAAAAAAAAAAGAAAAGAGAAGCUUGUGUUUGUGUUCACGAACAUUGGAGCCUCAUUUAUGAAGGAAAUAUUAGAUUAAAUGUAGAAUCCAAUAAACUCGUUUUACAGCAUUCAGACCAGAUUUCUGUCUUAAAGACAUGUUUUGUUCGGUAGCUCCAAACCUGCAUUCACACACACACACACACACACACACACACACAUAUAUAUAUAUAUAUAUAUAUAUAUAUAUAUAUAUAUAUAUAUAUAUAUAUAUAAAAAAAACAUAAAUGAGGCUCCAAAGAACCAAUGUCUAAUAAUGAGUUUGUAAACAAUAGUAGUUCUCUUGUCCCGUUCUGUACUCUUUGAUUCAGUUUGUCUUUAAUGACUGUAAAUAUAUUUCUACAUUUACUGGCUGCAUCAUACGUUAUUAAUAAUAAAAAAAUAAAAAGGA